AUGGUGUCUUUCGCGGGGGCCGUGGACCUCGUGUCCAAGAUACUGGGGAUGGCCUCCCAUUUGGUCAACGUGGGGGAGAAGAUCGCCAAGAGCUGGGCGAAGAAGAACAAGCCCGAGGAUCUCGAGAUGGGUGAGCUCCCUGGUGUGGAGCAGAGGCUUGCGGCGGUGGAGGAGAAGUUGGCGGCUCUCCAGGAGCGAUUUGAGGCUCGCCUCCCAUCCACAGUCCGGUUCCGCACCGGGGCAGCGCCCUUCGCCGACCCAUAA